UCGUGUCACGUCUUUGCAAACUUGGGUUUUUAAAGUUCUGGGCCAAGCGCAUUGACAAGCUUUUGUGAUGGAUUUCAGAGGAUUGCCAUUGGCUUUGUUAGCGCUCUCAAUUGUGGUGGUGUUUGCAGAGAAUGAGAACGAUCCUCCUCCAGUUUCUGUGGUCGAAGGAAUCGUCUACUGUCAGGAUUGUCAAGGGCACUGGACAAAGAAGAUCUCAGAUGCUCUUGUGAGCGUUGUCUGCAAGGACAAGGCAGGCUUGAUCACAGCGUACGCCAUGGACAACAGCGACGACUCCGGUUACUUCCAGAUCAAAGUUCCAAACUACGACUGCCUCCACCAAGAAAACACGACUUGCGUUGCACAGCUCGUCACAACAUCCGACGAGACUUGCAACAAAAUGACCAACGAGGGAGACGGUGCUCAAGGUGCCAAGCUGCGUCCAUUCACUUCUUAUUACAACGAGAUGUUCUUCAGAGUCGGGCCAUUCGCCUUCACUCCUUACACUUGCAACGAGUAAAAGCUAAAGAAUGUGUCAAGGAUGUCAGCUUUUUUACAUACACACUUU